AUGGAUCUCCUUCGCGAUCUAAAUGGCAUGUUGAAAGCCGAACUCAACCUAGUUGAUCACUAUGGCCGAUUUGCCACUCACGAUAAGCGGCCCAAUCAACGAGAUUCUAAUAAGAACCGGACCUGCUUGUUCGCUAAAGCCCUUAGGCUAGCGAUCUUUUUUCAAGAGCGGAUAGAUCGAUCGAGCGGUAUGGUAUAA